UCGCGCGUGCGCGCGAGCUCACAGGGAAGGAGCCUGGUAUUGGUGGUGGACGCGCACGUCGCAUUACGCGUGGCCGGAAACCCACAGAACUGCGCGGGAAUGCGUGCCCAGCUCUGGCCCCCAGGGAUGGACCUCGUGGAUCCAGACAUCUUUAAUAGGGACCCCCGGGAUCAUUACGACCUGCUGCAACGGCUGGGUGGCGGCACCUAUGGGGAAGUCUUUAAGGCUCGAGACAAGGUGUCGGGGGAGCUGGUGGCAUUGAAGAUGGUGAAGAUGGAGCCUGAUGAUGACGUCUCUACCCUUCAGAAGGAAAUCCUCAUGCUGAAAACUUGCCGGCAUGCCAACAUCGUGGCCUACCAUGGGAGUUACCUCUGGUUGCAGAAGCUCUGGAUCUGCAUGGAAUUCUGUGGUGCUGGGUCUCUCCAGGACAUCUACCAAGUGACUGGUUCCCUGUCAGAGCUCCAGAUUAGCUACGUCUGCCGUGAAGUGCUCCAGGGACUGGCCUAUCUGCACUCACAGAAGAAGAUACACCGAGACAUCAAGGGAGCCAACAUCCUCAUUAAUGAUGCCGGGGAGGUCAAACUGGCUGACUUUGGUAUCUCCGCCCAGAUCGGGGCAACGCUGGCUCGACGCCUGUCCUUCAUUGGGACGCCCUACUGGAUGGCUCCGGAAGUGGCAGCUGUGGCCCUGAAGGGGGGAUACAAUGAGCUGUGUGACAUCUGGUCCCUGGGCAUCACAGCCAUCGAGCUAGCCGAGCUACAGCCACCCCUCUUCGAUGUGCACCCUCUCAGAGUCCUCUUCCUCAUGACCAAGAGUGGCUACCAGCCUCCUCGGCUAAAGGAAAAAGGCAAAUGGUCAGCUGCCUUUCACAACUUUGUCAAAGUCACCCUCACUAAGAACCCCAAGAAACGACCUGGAGCCACCAAGAUGCUCAGUCAUCAACUGGUGUCCCAGCCUGGGCUGAACAGAGGCUUGAUCCUAGAUCUUCUUGACAAACUGAGGAAUCCCGGGAAGGGGCCCCCAGUUGGUGAGAUUGAGGAUGAGGAGCCUGAGCUUCCGCCUGCUAUCCCCCGGCGGAUCAGAUCCACCCACCGGUCCAGCUCUCUGGGUGUCCCAGACGCAGACUGCUGUCGACGGCACAUGGAAUUCAGGAAACUCAGAGCCAUGGAGACCAGACCUAUGAAUGACACUGCUCGCUCUCAGCCCCCUGGAGACCUUGGGAGCAGCAGUCCCAGGAGGCCUCUGUCAGAGUCUGAUGACGACUAUGAUGACGUGGACAUCCCCACCCCUAUAGAGGACACACCUCCUCCACUGCCCCCCAAGCCCAAGUUCCGUUCUCCGUCGGACGAGGGUCCUGGGGGGAUGCAAGAUGAGGGGCAGCUGAGUCCAGGAGUGCUGGUCCGAUGUGCUAGUGGGCCUCCCCCACGUACCCCCCGUCUUGGGCCUCCCCCAGCCACCCAAGGCCCCUACCUCACCGCCCACUCAGAACCCUCACUCUGGAACCCAGCCUCCUGGGAGCCUGACCAGCCCCCACUGCUGCCCCCCAAGAAGGAAAAGAUGAAGAGAAAGGGAUGUGCCCUUCUCGUCAAGUUGUUCAAUGGGUGCCCCCUCCGGAUCCACAGCACAGCUGCCUGGACACACCCCUCCACCAAGGACCAACACCUACUCCUGGGGGCAGAGGAAGGCAUUUUCAUCCUGAACCGCAACGACCAGGAGGCCACGCUGGAGAUGCUCUUUUCUAGCCGGACUACCUGGGUAUACUCCAUCAACAACGUCCUCAUGUCUCUCUCAGGAAAGACCCCCCACCUGUAUUCUCAUAGCAUUCUGGGCCUGCUGGAACGGAAAGAGACCAGAACAGGAAGCCCCAUCGCUCACAUUAGCCCCCACCGGCUACUGGCAAGGAAGAAUAUGGUCUCCACCAAGAUCCAGGACACCAAAGGCUGUAGGGCGUGCUGUGUGGCGGAGGGUGCGAGUUCCGGGGGCCCGUUUCUGUGCGGAGCAUUAGAGACGUCCGUUGUCCUACUUCAGUGGUAUCCGCCCAUGAACAAGUUCCUGCUGGUCCGGCAGGUGCUGUUCCCACUACCGACGCCUCUGCCGGUGUUCGCGCUGCUGACCGCGCCAGGCUCCGAGCUGCCCGCCGUGUGCAUCGGCGUGAGCCCGGGGCGGCCGGCGAAGUCGGUGCUUUUCCACACCGUGCGCUUCGGCGCGCUCUCCUGCUGGCUGGGCGAGAUGAGCACGGAGCACAAGGGACCAGUGCAGGUGACCCAGGUGAAGGAAGACAUGGUGAUGGUGUUGAUGGACGGGUCUCUGAAGCUCGUGACCCCAGAAGGGGCCCCAGUCCGUGGCCUUCGUACAUCUGAAAUUCCCAUGACGGAAGCAGUGGAGGCUGUGGCUAUGGUCGGGGGUCGGCUUCAGGCAUUCUGGAAGCAUGGAGUGCAGGUGUGGGCUCCAGGUUCAGACCAGCUGCUGCAGGAAUUGAGAGACCCCACCCUCACCUUUCGUCUGCUUGGCUCCCCGAGGCCUGUAGUGGUGGAGACACGCCCGGCAGAUGAUCCCACUGCCCCCAGCAACCUCUACAUCCAGGAAUGAGUCCCUUGGGGGGGGGUUGUUAGGAACCAGUCUCUGUACCUCCCCCACAACAGACACACUAGGAGUCAUGUCAUGUCCCGUCUCCCAAUAAACAUGACUUUAGCCUCUGU